CGCCUCGUCCCGCGGGGGCUCCCGGGGGCCAACUUGCGCUUCGUCGCUGGAAGUUGCGCGAGAGUCAUUGGGAGCAACCGCGGUCUGAAGAUCGCUGUCGUGCGCAAACUUGCACUUGAUCCCAAAUCGACAUCUUCCACUCUUCCUGUAGGAGAGGCACAUCCUCUUGCCGCCGAUGUGAGACGGCCUGGCCUGCAUCGUGAGGGGCACGUGUUGCUGCAAGGCGCUGAGCUUCUGCUCGGCCUGAGCUUUGAACGGGUUGGCGAACACGCUGCUUUCCGAGCGGCCGUGCAGACUCGGAGGGGGCAGUUUGCGAGGACUGGUCGCGGAGGAGGCCGAAGGCGGGCCGGGCUGGCUUCCGCUUCCACGGACCGAGGAGCCAGGCUCCCGGUCGCCGCGGUCGGAUCCAUCAGACUCGCUGGUAGUCGAACCGCUUUCCAGCAUGAAGUUCGGGGUCUUCCUGUCCGGCGGGGCCCAAUCGGCGACAUCCGCUCUAUUUCCAGGCGGUCAAAGAAAAGCCACAUUCACGGAAGUGAUCCACCACGAGAGGUGCUGUGCACCCGGUGCCAUUUGAAAGCUAGCAUCGACUAAACUUCAUCUAAACGAGAGCCAUACGUCGGGAAUGAGUGGACGUACCCCCCACGGCCGCUUUGGGCUUUCUCAGAGAAAGCGGGAGCGCCUCGCUGCCGACGUCAUAGCGGGCGACGGUCGUUUGGUGUCCGUCGCGCCUCCUUCCGCCCGGCCGGACGCCGCCGACAAGCUGCGGCGCUUGCACGCCGCCCUGCUGCGGUGCCGGGGCCUGAUGGAGAGCGCCGUCGCCAAAGAGGACGAGGAGAUGGGCGGCGGGACGGGGGAGUACGAGACCCUGAGGAAAACGGUCAAGGAGAGGCUCUCGUCUCUCGUCAACGUCGCCGGAGAACUGGUCAAAGCGGCGGGCGGCCCGGCGGCGCUCACGCCGACUUCGAGCGACGGCUCGGAGCCGGACGACCCCGGCGUUUUUGGGCUGAAGCUGUGGCUGUUCCGCGUCUACGCAGAAGUGGACUUCUGGGCCAAGACGGCCGUCGCCACCUUCCGGGCUCUGAGGAACGCUCGCUCGAGGAGCGCCAGAAGCGCUCGCAGAUGAGGCGGCGGCGUCGACGCCGCAGAGGAGAGGGGCGCUUACGUGCGGCUUAGCGCACGAGAAUGUUGUGAAGACGAGCGUCCGUGUCACCGAGACAGAGGGUCCGCUUCGGUGCAUUUCGGUACGCAUUUAACGCAUGUUAUUUUCCCCUAAAAUUGCUCGCUUAAAAUGUAUUGAUUAUUGAAUGUAUUUUGUGUCAUUAAGCAGGCGAUUCACUGUAAAUGCUGUGCAGUAUAUUGCUGCGAUUAGCCGGCGGUCAGUCCGGCGUGUACCCCGGCUCGCCCGAAAUCGGCGACUUUAGGCUCCGGCGCACCAGCAACCCUAAUGACGGAAAAUGCUUUGAGUAAAUAUACACUGUGUGUGUGUGUGUGUGUGUGUGUGUGUAUAUAUAUACAUAUAUAUAUAUAUAUAUAUAUAUAUAUAAUGUUAAAUAACUAGUUGGUUAAUUAGAAUUCAAUUUAUUAUAAAUCAUAGCAUUAAAACAACUCAUUAUUGUAUCAUUAAAAUAAGCUAUUUAACUCUUAAAAAAAAAAAAAAAAAAUCAUCAUCAUCAUUUUUAGCGCAUUUAUAAGUGACCUGGCCCAUACAAACUUCCAAAAAUGUAACGUGGCCCUCGAGCACCAGAUUUUGCCCGUCCCUGGCCUCCAUAAAAUGCGGUCUAAAACGGAAAUGGAAGCCUGAUCAGGAGUUAACGAGCGGAACCGUAGCUCGGCGUGCCAAACUGAACUGUUCCGCUUGGGGGAAAUGUUUGAAAACCGAGGGAAGCGAUACUGAGAUUCUUUCUUUCGAGAAGAAGUACGGCAAGUUAGGACUGGGCUGUAUUGCAAGGAGUGUUGAACACUGGCUGUAAAUCAUUCCAAAGACAUUAGCACCUUGGGACGGCAUAAAAAAGGCCACCGGGGGGAGUGUGCGUCACGGCGCGCUCUAGUGUUUACACGAUGGCAUUACACUGAAUCGUGAUUUGGCGUCCGUGGAGCCCCAGGCAAAAUGUUAUUUUGGGGGCCUCUUUUUUGAUUAUUGAUUUUUUUAUUGUUGAAUUUGAGUCGCUGUAGUAAAUGAAAACUGGUGGAAAAACAUCCACGACACGCAGACUGGGGUUGUUUUACACAACAUUCCGAGUGAUCGAGCAUUCUGGUACAUGUAUGUCUAGGCCGGCGGUCUCCAAAAAAUACUUGGCUCUCCAAGUUCCGUCAUCAUGACCAACUUUAAAAUACAGUAGCACAGUAGACCCACGUGUUCAUCAGAAAACAAGGCAGAGGUUUUAGUCCUUAAAGGUGUAUUUGAUCGUUUUUUUAAAGCCACUGUAACGCUGCCCUUGAAUAUAGGAAAAUAAUUAAGUGUAGUGUAGGUAUGAUUCAAUUCAAAUCUGUUACACUUGGGGAAAAAAUAAAAUUGUACCGAAAUGUUUGUAAACGAACACUUCUAAAAGAGUACACGACAAAAGUGUAAACUAUCCACUCUUCCCUUUUCCGUACCGCUUGCCCUCACGAGGGUCGCGGGAAACUUAAACUACUGUAACAAAUUUGAACAUUUCUCGUGGUCACGCUUUCCUAAGCAGGUGCGAAGUUCGUUUCCGCCUCGCCGGCGCGGCCGCCGAUCGAUCCUCGUUUUGGUCGGCGCGACAGCGAUGCAUGUUGACGAGCGGCAAAACGAACAUUUUAUUACAGCCCGAUUCCAAUUUGUAUUUAACCCAAGAGUUAAUGACUUCCAGCCCUCAAACAACAAAGACCCCAAAGUCGUCAUCGUUGUUUCCUCGGAGGCGACCGUAAUGCCGCACGAUGAACUCUCGACUUUGAAGCCGCGCGUCUGCGGGCGGCCUCCGACUUCCGCCGCUCAUGUUGUUCUGCUGUCCUCGCAUUGUAGCGUCGUCUGCUCUGCUGACGAACUUGUUUGAAGAAAAUAUGGUACGUUUGAUGUAUUGAUGCCUUUUCUUGAUUUCUCGGUGCGCAAUUACUGUCGUGUGUUUCCUUCCUAAAUGUAGUUUGGUACACUGCCGGGUGACCCUUCCUCAUGGUACGGAAGGAAUUCUUCUCGCUUGCGCUUUCCAGGAGCCGUGUCCAAAAAAAUGUCUUCGCAAAGAUGACGUGGCUUUCAGUUGCAUUCUUCCUCAUAUUUUGUACCCAAAGAAAAAUUGUAACCGCCGCAGCAAACCGCAAUCGCGGUAAUUAACACAUUGUUCGGUGACGACUCGUUCAAAAAGUCUCAUCGAUUUUUGUCACGGCACAAACGCUGUUUUUCGUGUUCCUAAUGAAGUGGCCUGGGUGUGUCCGUUUAAGUAACUCCUGGGGCCACGUAGCGUUUAUUAUAUAUCAUUCGUUUUGCACACAACGCAGCCAUCAGUCCGAACCGUGAGGUUUUGCUCUUUUUUUUUUUACCCCCCCCCCCAUUUACAAUGACUAUGUCCACCGCAAGCUUUGUUGUUUUAAUGACACAUUUCACGGUCGUCGUUUGGAAAUACGGACUACGCGAAAAACACAAAAGCAAUUUGAAGGCAUGCAAGCGUCACACAUGCAGAGCGGCAGUUGGGCGUCGCCCGUCUGGCCGUGAACCCGGAAGUGCGCGACGCAAACACAAAUCCGGCAUUCCGGCGUUUAUUUUCCCUUUUCUUCACAGUUUGGCGUCGGUGCAGGUCUGUGCGCUACGAGUGACUUUCCCGUUGCUCAACCGAACAAAAAAAAAAAAAAGAAUCUGACGGUGACCCAAGACUUUUGCACCGUGUAUGCUUUGAAGACAAAUGUUUGCACUUUUAUGGGUUGAAAUAAAUAGAUUCCCAUUCGUAUUCA